AUGACAAGUCUUACAAGGAACGAAAUGAUAUCGAAUAUCAUGGGCGGUGAGGAGCGUAUUUUUACCUGCAACAAUGAUAUCGGCAUACACAAAAAUGGAAAUAACGUUAUUGAAGAUGACAUUUACGGUAUAAUUGAUGGUGAAAACGUAAAUACUCGAUUUAUUCGUUGCCAUUUGCCAUACAUUUCACAGCAUAUUUCUUCCUGUUUUCCCAACACUCCCAUGUCGUCCAGCCAAUCCAAGAAGAGAGGGAAAAAAAAACGGAGCUCCUCUGUCACUCCCUCCCUCACAGAUGGAGCUUUAAAUGAAAUCUUCUCCGAGAAGGGCGCCCAAGUUGGUGAACGCCUUUUGAUGAUCGCACGAAGUGGUUUGACCCCGCUUCAACGCAUUGCUGCGCGGAGGCAGUUAGUAACUCUUGGCGGCCCCUACGCGGUUCUCGGCAGUGGGAGUCAUUUCUCCGUUUGGAUGCGUCCCCCGCCUUUGAAUCAUAGCGCCAUCGCACAACACACGCAGCAUUUUCAUCACUCUGGUCAAUCGGGUGAAUACAACAGAAAUCGUGCGGCGUUGAGGAAGGGUUAUGCAACAUUGCAAGAAACGGAAGCAAGCGCAUUCGAGAAAGGCCUACAACCUUCGUCAUGCACUCACAGCCUUUCAAGUGAUACAACUUCAUCCACGACGAAGAUUUUUAAUUCCAAAAAACUCCCUAAAAUCAGGUGCGCUUACCCUCUCACACGUGCGGAGUGUUGUGCAGUGUCGCUAUUAGCUAUGGAAUACGAUGAGGAAGAUGAGGAUGCUUACACCGUAGAUUUAACAAUUUCUUCACCUUUCUGCUCUCGAAAAGGAUCGCACUCGUGUUUUUCGCGUUUAACGGAGGAACAUCACUUGAUUAAUGAUGAAUACACCGGUAAGGAGCCGUUGAGGGGCACCGUCAAUGAGUUUCUUUUACCGUAUACUAGCUAUCACAACCCUUCCUCUAGUUACGAAAGGGUUUCAGGUUAUGAUAAGUUGCUUAAGAAUCGCUUGCCAAAGCGUCCUAACAAGGGAUUCUUGGGCCCUACAAAGACUCACUUUACUAGUGAUCAUAACCAUAGAACUCGUGUAGCUCGAAGACUAGAUUAUACGAUCCUUUGCGAUGAAGAUCUGUGGGGACGUUAG